AUGUCAACCAAGCCCAUUGAAAGAGUCGCUAUUGUCGGAGCUACCGGUAGAAUUGGUGGAUCAUUUGCUCAAUCCCUCGUGCAGACCGGCAAGCACACCGUGACAGCCCUUACCCGCCACGACAGUCAAGCCAAACUCCCCGAUGGAGUUCAGGCUAUUCGAGUUAACUACGACGAUGAGGCCUCCUUGAUCAAGGCAUUGGAGGGACAACAAUUUCUUAUAAUUACCCUCUCCGUUAGGGCCCCGCCAGACCUCCAUGGGAGAAUUACGGCAGCUGCAGGAAAGGCCGGCGUUCCCUACAUCAUGCCAAACGCGUAUGGGAACCCCGUCAACCCGGACGGUAUCAAGGAAUAUGAUGUAUACAGCAGCUCGACCCUUGAGAGAAUCAAUGAUGUGCAUAAUGCUGGUUCAUCUUCGAUCUACCUGCCAUGUGGCUUUUGGUACGAGUGGAGCCUAGCAUGUGGCGAGCCAUGGUUUGGCUUCACUAUCAAGGACCGAAAAGUGACCUUUUUCGACGACGGAAAGCGCAUUCUCAGUGUCAGUACUUGGAACCAAUGUGGCCGUGCGAUUGCUGGACUUCUCAGUCUACCUGAGGCUGGAGAAACACCUUCACUUGCUCAGUUCAAGAACGACAAAGUUUUGAUCAAUAGCUUCCGAGUCUCGCAGCGCGAUAUGCUGGACAGUCUGCAUCGUGUCUUGGGGACUACCGAUGACGAUUGGGAGAUUAGCUAUGAGACAUCCGAGAAGCGUAUUGCGGACGGCGCUGCGGAGUUGGCUCAAGGUAUCUUCAGCGGGUUUGCCAAAAUGCUUUACGGGGGUGCGUUUUUGCCAGCCAACCAGGAAAGCGAUUUUGCUGGGACGAUGGAGUUGGCAAAUGGUAUCCUGGGAUUGCCCAAGGAAGACUUGGAUGAGGCCACUCGGAGGGUGGUUGACAUGAUACAGGACAAUUGGAAUCCCUUUACUUGA